UGUCUCCCUUCCCGAACCUUCUUCUUCCCUAGGGAAGCCGGCGACAACCCCUCACCACAGCCGGCAUCCACCUUCCCCCCAAACUACAGGCGAUAAACCCCAUGCCCCAACACAACCUCUCACCGAUCCAUAUUCUCCCUCUUCCCUCGGUUUUCUUUUCUUCCUUGCGCAGAUCCCGACCAUCCCUUUCCUGCUGCAGGUGGUUCUUCCUCAACCGGCCAACAGCCGCCUCCCUUCCUCAAAAUCAUCAAAACCAUCAUCUCUCCUGUGGCCCCCAAAUCCAUGAAUCUUUAUCCUCAGCUCUCGAUUUCACCCUCCUCUUCCUGUAGCAGAGCAACCGGCAGCCAUCUCUCAAAAAGGAAGCCGGCGGUCUUCUUCCCCUUCUUCGGUUCCAUACCUUCUGAUCUCAUCAUCUCCAACUCCCUUCCAUGUUAAACCCACCUUCCAAACCAUUCCCGUGGCCCAGCACCCACCAUGCCGGCGGGUGAACAGCGGAACCGGAGCAAUUGAAGCUGGAUCUAUUGGCUCGCGACAACGGUGCUCUUCACGCGAUGAUGCAGCGAUUUGGCAAAAUCUCAAUCGUCAUCCAACUGAAACAAAUCUGCAGAGCCAAUCUAUGCUAGCUACGGAUCACGGGUGAGUGACGACAGGAAGAAUUGGGCAUGCAUGGAGGCCCAAAUGCAUUUUCGAAUUGUAGUAAAAUGGUGAAGAUUGGAGAGGCCCAAAUACAUUGCAAAUUCUGGUGAUUGGAGGAGCCCAAAACCGUGGACACAAAAAGGCCCGGAGAGUGAUUUCUGGAAGGUUCCGCGUAGGAUUUUUAGGGUUUAGGGUUUGUUUUGGCUUGAGUAUAAAUAGAUGGCAUUAGGUUAGAAAUGGGGGUCUUUUUGUUUUGGGUGAGUCUGGUAUUGACGGCGGAGGAAAGGAAAAAUUUUCUGUUGAAAGGGGGCUCGGUUUUUGUAUCUGGAGGUUGCCGGAGGGCUUAUUUGCUGUGUCUGCUUCUGUUUAGGUAAAUCUUUGAACAGAGGAGUUUUCUGGGAAUGGUGGUGAAGGGGACGAUGGGAGCUUGGUCUCGUGGGUGGGAUCCCUCCCAUCAGAUCUCGAUCCAUUUUUCCCAGAAAAUUCUGCCGUGGAUGUGUUGCCUUUUGGUUGAUUUCUCUAUUUUUUCCAUUUAAUGUUUAAGGUUAUAUCUAUUUUCUUGAGAAAUGAAUGAAAGGUCAUAUAUUUGCCUGUUUAUUUGUCUGAUAAAUUUGUUCAUCUUUC